GAAAUUGAGUCAAUGUUUUCGUCUGUGCCGGCUAAAUAUUUACAAUUUGAAGAGUCUGCCUGGCAUAAUGAUGGCUUCUGCCACGUUGGGGCGCAAAAGGGGGCCACAGCGCGUGAUAAAAUACAAGAAGCCGCUGAUAAUAAGUGCCUCAGUGUGGCCACUGCGAAAUGGGGUCACACACAACCCACAGUGACUCGAAAUUUGAGAGAGGAUUUGGCCAUCAAUUUGCCGGUUUGCCUGAAAAUUUCCAACACCGAGGGGCCAAAAACAGUCACAAAACCCGUUCACGCGCCACAAUCCAGGUGUAAAUUUUCCAUGCGACAAUAUUAUCGCUUGUUGCAUGAUUGGCUGACCGAGCUGACCGCAGAAGAUGAAAUAUUUGGCACUGAAGUUAUUCACAUUUUUUGGCACAUUUGCAUCUUUGCAUGACAAUAUUGUGAUAUUUCUAUUAGCAAAAACAAGUUGUGGCGGAUCAAUUAAGAUUAAAUAUUUUCCAACUGCGCACGUGCUUCCGAAUGUUCCAAAAAUCGCGAAAAGAUCACGGUUUGACGACUCGAUAGAGAUUAUGUCAUAAAAUUAUAUCAAAAUUAUACAGGGUGCGGCGAUUGAGUUGAUAUCUUUGAUAUUAUACGCAUUGCGGAUUAACCGAAUUUUCACAUGUAUAAAUACAUAAUUUUCAAAAGGUAUUGGUUUCAUAUUUUUUCUUUACAGUUUUAUUGCCACACUCUGUCCUACUGAAGCAUUGUGAAUUUUCUUAUUUCAAACUUGAUGUGCUGAAGAAAUUAUUCGGCCAAGAGAGAUGGCAAAGAAAAGUAUGGGAAAUUGACCCGGGAAGCCCCGUGGCCCAACUAAUGCGAUCGUUUUUCCGCCCAGACCUCUCGUGAGGGAGUGAAAAUGUGCCGAAAAAGCCAUAAAAUGUAUCUCGAUUUCCGUUCUAAAUUAAUGACUUUUUAAUGGAGUCCUCGAGCUGCUCCACUGAGGCUAUGACUUGUGUCCCAGAAAUGCCAGCAGUCUGGCGAAAGUGAUCGUGCGAGAUGCCAGGAAGAGCGAUCGCCUGGCUGGUCCUCUUUGGACUCUGCUUGAACCCGUCUUGGGCAGAAAUCCAGGGCGCCCUGAACUUGGAUUCCUCAACCGGCACUGAUACAUUUGGAGCAAGUUCCACUGGAUUUGGGGGCAACUAUGGGAGCUCCUUGCCCGCCUUGCCAGACUAUUCAUCUAGCAGUUCCACUGGCAUUGGUACAGUUACAGACUAUUCAGGAGGAUCAAGUUCGAACUUUGGCGGUUUAGCGCCCAUUGUGGACUAUUCCACGGGCGCAGGCUCGACCGGAAGUUUUGGAAACUAUGGCGGAUCCAUAGGCGGCAAUUACGGAGCAGCCCCAACACCUCCACCGGGUUAUAUUCCACCCAGCAUUGGCGGAAACACUGGAGGUAGCUAUGGAUCUUACGGCGGAAAUACUGGAGGAACAGGUGGAAAUUAUGGAUCUUAUGGCGGAAAUACUGGAGGAACAGGUGGCAAUUAUGGAUCUUACGGUGGAAAUACUGGAGGAACUGGGAAUCUGCCGGGUGGGAAUUAUGGAUCUUACGGCGGAAAUACUGGAGGAACAGGAGGCAAUUAUGGAAAUUACGGAACCUCUCCUGGCGGUAAUUCCGGCAGCUACCAAAAUCCCGGGACCCAAACAGGAUACAAUGACUACAGUUCUGGCGGCAGUUACUACGGCAACGACUCUCCUGCAUACUAUCAAGAUUACGAUGUUGACGGCGGAACCAGCAGACCAGGAGGACGUCCAGGUGGCGUGUUGAGACCUUGGCGACGUCGUCAGAGGCUCAGGAGGAGGAGAAACCGCAGGCGUUUCGGAAGGCGAGGGUUUCGUGGAAGACGACGCUUCCGCGGACGGCGCAGGUUCCGCGGCGGCAGACGCCGACGUGGCGGGCGCAGAGGAAUGAGACGCCGGAUGCGUCGAAUGGGACGCCGACGCAUGAGGAACAGAAGGAGCGCCCGGGAAGUGUCUGCAGCAUAAUAUUCUAUUCGAUUUAGAGGAUAAAAGAGAGAAUAAAGCAGUUCCAAGUAUUUUCUCUCACUUUAUUUUUCAAUAUAUUUUUUAAUAUAUACACAAUAUUUAAACAAAUUACUUUUUCUCUCUAUAAUUCCCUUUUUUACUCCAUUCCUCUCUCUUUACAAUAUAUAAGAAAAAAAAAUUACUGUGAAUGAGGUUUGUAUGUUGACGAUAAUAUUUUCAUCUAUUUCGCAUUCUUUUCUCCUUUUUUUUAAAUUAAAUUAUAUAGUACCUACAUUUUUAGUUUAUGAAAAUAUUUUACUGAUUUGGUUUUCUUUCCUCCACUUUUGCUACUCUAUCGCAC